AUGGUGAUUCCGAGUAAGCGAUCCCGAGCCCCAAGCUUUGCCGAUAGGCACUGUGAUUACCCGGAGGAGAGUCACGCUGCCACCAUUGGUUCCGAUUGGUUCCAGGAGAAAGAGACGAAGGAUGAAACAAAGCUCAAAACGUUCCUUGAGCUAUGUGGUUUCUGCAAGACGAAGCUACGUCACGAUGAGGAUGUUUUCAUGUACGGCUACUUUGGGGCAUUCUGUUCAAACGCAUGUAGAGCAAAACAGAUGGCAUACGAUGCCUCCUUGAUUGUAAGAUCGCGAGUGAUUGCAAAAGCAAAGAAGGGAAGAACAUGUGCAGGAAUCAAACCAAAAGAAGAUGAACCAUUCGUAAAUGAAGAGAGUAUCUCAUCACCACCGCGAUUUUAUAUAUAG